AUGGUCAGAAUCGAGACACCAGUGACUUCUGCAUUAGUAGGUACUACAUCUCCAUAUUUACAAAAGAAUUCCCCUUCCAUGUCUCCUAUAGAUCCAAGAUCGAUAAAUGAUUACUCUUUGAAAGAUAUGAUCUUAGUAAGUGAUGUUGAUGGGAAUUUGCAAUGUUUAGAAAGAACUACAGGAGCUCUAAUGUGGAGGUUACCGUUGAACGAACCUUUGGUUAAUAUAGAAUCGAACAAUACUACUACUACCACUGCAACUUCGACUAAUAAUAACGUUAAAGAUAAUAAUACUAAAACUAAUAAUAUUGUUUGGUUUGUUGAACCUCAUGAAAAGGGUUCACUUUAUUAUUUCACUCCUGAGUUUGGUUUAAACAAACUUCCAACCUCAAUUCAAGAUCUAGUAUUAGAAUCUCCAUUUAGUUUAUCGGGUGACGAUAAAAUAUAUACUGGGACUCGAAAGACAUCGUUGUUUACUAUAAAUAUUCAUACGGGAGAAAUCGUUAAUUCGUUUGGAAAAAAUAAUCUUGAUGAUGAUAAAUGUCCUUUACCUCACGUUCAUUAUAACGUUGAUAACACUAAUUAUAAGAGUGAUGACUAUAUCAUGCUUGGGAAAACUACAUACGAAUUAUCCAUUUAUUCCAAGGCGAACUCAAACGUUGUAUGGAAUGUUAAUUAUACUACUUGGGGUCCAAAUAAUAUCGACAAUGAUUUAAUAACCCAAAACAAAGAAUCCAUUGAUAAAUUAUAUUUCACUCCUUUCCAUGAUAAAUCAAUUUUGGCCGUCAAUAGGGAUCUUGGUACACCUGCUUGGGUUAGCAAAUUACCUUCACUCGCAGUUUCAGUGUUUGAUAUUUUCUACCAUGAAAAAUCUAAUGAAUUUGUUGUGUUACCCCAUCCACUGCAUGUGUUGAAUGACUUACAAAUCCAAAAUGAACAUUUCAAAACCUCCAGUACUGAUCUUGUUUUUUUAAAUAAGACUGUUAAUGGAAAUCAAUGGUUUGCUAUGAGUUAUUUAAACUAUCCAACUCUUAUAAAGAGUGCACCAAUAUCCAAUUACCAAUUAGAACUUUAUAAGCUAGAACGAAGUUUCAGAGGUACGCCUGAAAUUCUUCAAAGCUUUUCCUUCGAAGGUCAAAACGAUCCUCUACUAGAAAAAAUGGUUAGUGGGAUUCAUAGAGCAGCAUUUUUGAAUGUAGCUAAUCAAUAUCAACCAACACCAAAAUUUACCCAUAGAUAUGUGGGUAUUGGAGAUGGUUCCAACGAAAGAGAAGAACUAGAAAAAUCUGACAAGUCUCCAUUAGGUAUCAUUGAUGGGAUUAAAUUCUCAAAUUCACAACCUACACAAUUCGUGCAACCGGAAGAGGAAAGUUUUAUACCUGACCGUUCAAAGGAAAUUGCAACUCGUGAACCAAUAUCAAUUAUUCAUCAAACAGAAAACUUAUCCAUGUCUAGAAGAGUUUUUGAAGAUGUCAUUGUGAUAUUGAGUGUUGUAGGGUUAUUUGUUAUACUUUCGAAAGCAACAUCAUAUGUUCAGAGAUUGAAAUUGAAUAUUAAUAAUAAUGGUAUGGUAAUUGCUAAUAAUGAUUCUGAGAUUCCCUCAUUAUUAGAUAAAGAUGAAAAAGACACUGAUGAUGUUGUUACAAAAGUUCUCAAUGUUGAAGAUCUGAGUAGUUCAGACGGUCAAGAGUCAGAAUUCACUGAUACGACAAAGGAAAUUAUAAAUGCCAUAAAUGAUGAAGUCAAUAUUACCUGUGAUGAGGUACCCACAGUUAAGAAGAAUAAUAUUUCAAAGAAAGUUACAUUCACAGAAGGACACACAGACGAUGAAGAAAAGGAGGACAAUGAAAAUAAUACUGAGGCUGGCCCUAUAACUAAGAAAAAGAGAAAGAGAGGUAGCAGAGGAGGAAGAAGGAGCAAAAAUAAAGGUUCUGUGGAUGUUCCCACAGAUACUAUUUCAACCGAUAAAACCACAGAAGACGAUUCUGAUGAUAAUAAUAAUGACGAUGAUGAAAGAAUUAUAACUAAAAGCUUACUAAAGUCAGCACCAAACUAUAAACCUUCGAGGAAAAAGCUACAAAUCGAAAACAACCUUAUAAUAUCCGACAAGAUAUUGGGAUAUGGAUCUCAUGGAACAGUAGUUUAUGAAGGCACUUUUGAGAAUCGUCCAGUAGCCGUUAAAAGAAUGUUGCUUGAUUUCUACCACAUUGCAAAUCAUGAAGUACGACUACUACAAGAAUCUGAUGAUCAUCCUAACGUCGUUAGAUAUUUUUGCUCUCAAACAAGUGAUUCAGAAAAGUUUUUAUACAUUGCGUUGGAAUUAUGUAAGUCAUCAUUAGAGGAUGUGAUUGAGAAGCCAAAGAAUUAUUCCAAAACUAUGAGAAUUCAACCACCGCAUGUUCAUAGUUUAUUAUUUCAAUUGGUUAAUGGGUUGGACUAUUUACACUCAUUAAAGAUUGUACAUCGGGACUUAAAACCUCAGAAUAUUUUAGUUGGUGAUGCUAAGCUUGGAAAACAUAAGUCGCUUUCAAUGGUUGAUGAUUUGAAAAUUCGAUUAUUGAUUUCAGAUUUUGGGUUAUGUAAGAAACUUGAUAAUGAUCAAUCAUCUUUCAGAGCAACUACUCAUACUGCACCUCUGGGAACCACUGGAUGGAGAGCCCCUGAAUUGUUGCUACUGCAUGAUCUCCUAGAGAUAUCACCAGAAACAAUUGAGUCUUCCAAUAGCAAUCUAAACUCAAUACUGACCUCGUCUACAAACUCAACAAGCGGAGGAAGAAGAUUAACUAAGGCUAUUGACAUAUUUUCUUUGGGAUGUGUUUAUUUCUACAUAUUAACCAAUGGUCAACACCCAUAUGGGGAUAGAUAUUUACGGGAAGCCAAUAUCAUACAGGGGAAUCAUGACUUGAGUCCUCUCAAUGAAUACUGUGUUGAUGAUCAAUACGAAGCCAUUGAUUUGGUGUCUUCAAUGAUCUCUUUUGACCCAUCCAAGAGACCACCAACUUCGAAGAUUAUGAAACAUCCGUUCUUUUGGUCUGUGGGGAAAAAAUUAGACUUUCUUUUGAAGGUCAGUGACCGUUUUGAAAUUGAAAGAAGAGAUCCUCCAAGUGAGUUGUUAUUAGCUCUUGAAGAUCAUGGAUUUGCUGUUCACGGAGGAGAUUGGUGUCUGAAGUUUGAUGAUGAUUUCAUGAAUAACUUGGGUAAGUAUAGGAAAUACCAUCCUGAGAAGUUGAUGGAUUUAUUACGUGCUUUAAGGAAUAAAUAUCAUCAUUAUAAUGAUAUGCCUCCUGAACUUCAAGCACAAAUGACUCCAUUGCCUCAUGGGUUUUAUGGCUAUUUCAAUUCAAAGUUCCCCCGUUUAUUAAUGGAGAUUUAUCAAUUGAUUCAAGUACAUUUACAACAUGAGCAUAUAUUUGGAGAGUUUUACUAA